UUCGUCAUGGCUUCCAUGCUAGUCCGUAGUUACGUCGUACUGUAAUUGUUUUAAGGGGGCUUGGCUCGGACGAAAUGCCACUACAAACCCACUAAAAACGUCUCUUCGGACGUCAUGUUAUCCGGUGUGCAUCCAAUUUAACGCUGACGUUGUCCUGCUUAAGUGUACGUGGAACGUGUUAUGGAAGCGAGACCGACACGGGUGGUCUGUGGAGCGGCGGUCUGUCAACGACAAUGUCCUCCUUAGCGGCUCUCUGACGAGCUUAUUGUGGAUGUCGUAGGCCUGGGCUCCCGCUUGCCCCCGAUGACCUUCGCUCACGCUCCUACCCAAUCCCGUGAUUGAUGGUGAAAUUUACUCGCAUCCUGCGGGACCACCGGCACCUGGUUUGAUUUUGGUGACAACCACAGCAACACAGCGUUGGCAGUGCAGGGAGACCCAUCCAGUGUGAUAGUGCUGAGGUCACCAUCAGAUCAGCCUAAAUUUGAAUCAUGCCUGGAAAACUAAAAGCAAAAAUUGUGGCAGGCCGCCACUUGCCUGUCAUGGACAGAGCCAGUGAGCUUACAGAUGCUUUUGUAGAGGUCAAGUUUGGAAACAUAACAUUCAAAACAGACGUAUUCCCCAAAUCCCUCAAUCCACAGUGGAACUCGGAAUGGUUCAAAUUUGAGGUUGAUGAUGAGGACCUGCAAGACGAGCCGCUGCAGAUCACCGUGUUGGACCACGACACAUACAGCGCAAACGACGCCAUUGGGAAGGUUUACAUCGAUAUUGACCCACUGCUGUGCAGUGAGGCCGCCUCAGUCAUCUCUGGCUGGUUUCCCAUCUACGACACCAUCCACGGUAUCCGUGGGGAGAUUAAUGUCCUGAUCAAAGUGGAGCUCUUCAAUGACUUGAACCGCUUCAGACAAUCCUCCUGUGGAGUCAAGUUCUUCUGCACCACCUCCAUACCGCGGUAUUACCGAGCGACAAUGGUCCACGGUUUUGUGGAGGAGCUUGUGGUGAAUGAAGAUCCUGAGUACCAGUGGAUUGACCGCAUCAGAACCCCUCGAGCCUCCAAUGAAGCCCGCCAGAGGCUGAUCUCGCUUAUGUCAGGAGAGUUGCAGAGGAAGAUAGGUCUCAAAGUGCUAGAGAUGGGGGGGAACGCAGUGGUGGGCUACUUGCAGUGUUUCGACCUGGAGGGAGAAUCAGGCCUGGUGGUGCGGGCCAUAGGUACUGCCUGCACUCUGGACAAAAUCACCUCUGGAGGCGCUACUGCCACUACUAUCACCACUGCCACCACACACAUGCACCUGAGCACGGCUCCCGCUUCCAAUGCGUGCAAUUCCCCUUCUAAGGACGGAAAGGAGCCGGUAUUUGGUGAGGACCUUCCCUCGUCACCCGGUCCGCCCACCCCUUUCAGAGCCCUCCCCACUUCCCCCUUCCCCCCCCCCACUUUCUCGCCCCCUCAAGCCAGCCGCCAGUCCUCAUCAUCAGACACAGACCUCAGUUUGACGCCCAAGACGGGAAUGGGCAGCGGGGGCAGUGGCGGCAAGGAGGCGGGGCCCCUGAAGACGCUGCUCAGACAGCAGACGCAGACGGUUCUGGAGCAGAGGGAGUUCCCCUUCUUCACGUUGACGUCUUUCCCAGCUGCCUUUCUGGUCCACGUUGGCGGAGUUGUCAGCGCUCGAUCGGUCAAACUGCUGGACCGCAUACACAACCCCGCCUUGGGUAACACACGCUCGUACAAACUGCUAGACUGGAAUAGUGUCACGGCAGAUGAGCCAGAGACCCGCGACGCCUGGUGGGAGGAGAUACGACAGGAGAUCAAGUCUCAUGCCAAAGCUCUCGGCUGCCAUGCCGUCGUGGGAUACAGCGAGAGCACCAGCAUCUGCGAGGAAGUGUGCAUCCUGUCCGCAUCUGGCACGGCAGCCAUCUUGAAUCCUCGCUACAUGCGCGAAGGCUGUUUGGACGUAGCAGGCACGGACCACAGGUUUGAGGAGCCAGCUCCCUCAAGUUGCGGCUUCUGUCACAUACCAUACGAUGAGUUCAACAUGCCCUUUCCCGCCCAGCUCACCUACUGCUACCUCUGCAGACGACAAAAGGUCCCUGAUGUUCUGUUCACAACAAUCGACCUGCCAUCAGAAGCAGCCGUCUCAGGGAAAGGCUGUCUCAUUCAGGCCAGGCUAUGCCGUCUGAAGAAGCGAGCCCAGGGAGAGGUGAACGCCACGGCCAUCUCCAACCUGCUUCCUUUUAUGGAAUACGAACUGCACACUCAGUUGAUGAACAAGCUGAAGCUGCGCAGCAUGAACGCUCUGUUCGGCCUUCACAUACAGAUCAGCGUUGGCGAGAACAUGCUGCUGGGUCUGGCUUCCGCCACAGGAGUGUAUCUGACUGCCCUCCCGACACCAGGAGGCAUUCAGAUCGCAGGGAAGACUCCGAGCGACCUGAGCAACGAGCACCACAUGUUGACUAUCCAAAAGAGGAUUAAUGACACCAUCGCCAAGAACAAAGAGCUCUAUCAGAUCACUCUGCCGGAGUUUAUAGAGGAAGUGGUGGGCUCUCCCAUCCCCGAGCCCAAACAAAGAACUAGAAUCUUCCGCUCCCACUCAGAAAGCUCAGACGAGCUAUCAGAACUCGACCUCUCUCAUGGGAAGAAGGAUGCUUUUGUCCUGGAGAUUGACGACACCGAUGCCGUGGAAGAUAUUCACUCCCUACUCAUGGAUGCCUCGCCUCCCACGGGGUUCCACAGCUGCAACACUGAAAUCAUGCCUGGGAUUUACAACUGGACCUCGGGAAUACAGAUGUUUACAUCUGUGAGGGUGUUAAGGUUGAGUAAUGCCAAUCUCACCAAUCAAGGCUUGAAUAAGAUCUUCACUGACCUGUGUGAGAACCUGCUGAAGAGUUUGUACUUCAAGUUGCGCUCUAUGAUCCCCUGCUGUAUUUGUCAUCUUAACUUCACCGUAGCAGUACCGGAAGAAGAACUCAUACAAGUUGCUGUGACGGCGGUUGCCAUGACGUUCGACAAGGACCAGACACAGGAGAAGCCAGUGGAAAAGCCUGUCACCAAAGGGUGCAGUGAGACAGAAGAGCAGUUGCAGUUCCCCUUGGAGCUCUGCGCCGAUUCUCCAUCUGCCAACACUCAGCCACCAUCCAAAACCUCAGGUAUCCCAGCAAAUACCGCUGUGUCAUCCAGAGCUGCCUCCGUUGAUUACGGUUCCUUUGCAGACAGAUGCAGCACCUGGCUAGAGCUGCUUAGGCUGAAAGCUCACACCAUAAGACGAGGAUCAGUUAAGACAAUCUCAUCCCUGGAGCGCUCUAGUCCACUGACCGAGGGCCGGUCCCGCUCGUUGCGCUCCAACCGCUGCUCAUUCGGAGGAAGCUCGGUCACCGUGGUGAAGAUGACACCACUUUCCUUCCUCCCCGCCACACGGGUGGUUAAAUACUUGGGCAUCAUCAACAUGUUCUUCAUUCGAGAGACCACAUCAUUACGAGAGGAAGGUGGUGUGAGUGGCUUCCUUCAUUCGUUCAUAGCAGAGGUGUUUGCCAUGGUUCGUGCCCACGUCGCCGCUUUGGGUGGGAAUGCCGUCGUGUCCUACAGCAUGAAGGAGUGUGUGUUAAUGGAAAAUCCCAAUAAGAACCAGGCUCAGUGUCUUAUCAAUGUGAGUGGCGAUGCAGUCAUAUGCGUGAGGGAAUCGGAUCAGGAGCCCGCGUCAUCCACGACAAACCUCGGACAAGCAUGCACCAUGGGAAUGGAAGGGGCCACAUGACACCAGCCAUCAAACGCACAAACGUCUAGCCGUCCAAAUGCGAGCAAUCUUUGUCUGCCUUAACUUUGUCAAACAUUUCCAAAGUUCAAAUGCAAGUCAUUAUAAGCAACACAUGCGCACAAAAUAAAAUUACAAAUACUGACAUGGAUUUUUGUCACGUAUUUCCACCAUAAUUGCUUGAAACAAUGGCCAAAGAAGCGCUUAACGUUUACCUGCUUUAACCACCGUCCCCCUCAAGUGUCAGCCCAAAGCCUCCCCAGUAUCGUCCGAGUGUGGUUACCAGCUACAACCACUUUAACAAUCCAGGCAUCUAAAAUGGGGUACAUGCGUACUGAUAUUUAACAUCUUAACUGAUUUUUAGGUGUGAAAACCCCAAACAUGACGUGUAAAAAAAAUCAGCAAGCAUGUCCGUUUUGGUUGUGUAGUGUGUGGUGUAUGCAGAUGACCAACACAGCACAUUACACACAUACAGUAACAAUAUCUCCAUCGACAAUUGCUAGUCUCCUUACCCAAACCAAAUACCUGUCACAGUACAAAGACUAACUUGUGAGAGGCAGCAUGGUGGCAGGACAUCCACACUGCCGAAAUGUAUUGAACAGGUUUUACUUUACAUUUGUUAGCCCUGACCGUUUUCCAAGGGCGUAAAAUCGGGGGUGUUAAAAAAAUAAUAACUGACUCUAUUAACACACCGCACACAACAGGAUGUUUCAGAGACAUCCGAUAAUCGGGCCUUUGCUGACUUGGAUCUGAAGAGGGGGGAAAUGCUCAAAUUUGGUCCAAUUGCUGGUUUGUUAGUGGGCACCGCUUCAGUCAUUGGUCCAAGGGACUCGACAAUAUUUCUAAUGCACUUGGAUUCUCCUUCCGUGUUUUUACCGGUAAUUGUCAACAUUUCAGGUGGGUUAUUUUUAAAGCGAGUCAUCGGCAUACACAAUUUGUCAAGUCUGUUUUGAUUUGUUUUCAUUAUCAAAGCUUUUCCAGUACAUUAUUGCUCACAGGAAGUGUCAGCAACCACAUUUCUUGAUAAUAACCAGGUCACAGCCCCCGUCGUGUCCAGUCAAGUUUGCUGUACCUUAUACAAUGAACAUUUGUUAUGGUUUUACUGCAAAUGGUAAAAGGUUCUAGAUGGUUUGUAUUCAAAUUAACCAUGGUUUAUUAGUAAAGGUCAAAUUCUUUGCUCGGCUUGCAUCACUGCUGUUUUGGUGUUUAGUGCGUCCUAAUCCUGAUACUGAUUUUUGGCUGUGAUGUUGAUUCAUGAUGUUCAGUGCUGGAAGUAAUUUAGAUUUUUUUUUCCCCACCCAUGUGUAUAGAUAUACAGGCUGUAAAUUUGCUUUCUAAUCAUUAGUUAAUUUUCUUUGGAAGUGCAAUAAAUGCUCGUUUGGAAUUAGUGGUACUAUAAAUCAGUUUUUUUGUUGUUGUGACAAACGGGUUGUGAUCUAUUUCCUGUGUUUGUGUCCAAAGUUGAAUGUGCUAGGAGCAUGCAGACCAAAUUUGUAUCGCCAUGAACUUGUAAUGCUGGCCUGGGUAAGACUUGCACAAUAAACUCAGUCAAACCAA